AUGGGCAAACGCGCAAUUGCUGAUGUGAUCGCCGACGAAGGGGCUCCUGUGACGAGUGACUCCUUGUCUAGGAAGAAGAGCAAAAAAGACAAGAGCGAAAAGCGACAGAAGAACACCGCAGCCGUCGAGUCGGAACCCACUACCAAUGGAACUUCUACGCCCAUGGUGGUGGAUGAGGCGGUGAAUAGCGAGGAGAAGCUGUCUAAGGAAGAGCGCAAGGCUGCGAAGAAGGCGAGACGUGAGGCGAAGGAGGCUAAGAAUACUGCAGAAGCGCAAGAAGAUACUGUGAAUGGCGCCGUGGAAGACGAGGCCGCUGCAAAGGCCGCGCGCAAAGCUGCGCGCAAGGCAGAGAAGGCCGAAAAGAAGUCUAAGAAGGGAGCUGAAGGGGAAAGUAAGACCGCAUCCAAGCUCACUCCGGCAAAGACCUCCGCUAUUCCUUCCACCGUACAGUCCUCUGCAACUACCCCAGAGUCAGCGUCCAAGACUGAUGGGCUUGCGUAUGAAGAGAACAAAGGUCUGGCGGCCCUCCCGCAGUCAGAGAUCGAUUCGUACCUUACCACUAACGCUGUCACCAUCGAUGACCCUCGAUCCCAAAAGCUUCGCCCUAUCAUGAAGUUCGACUACCUGCCGGUAACCGACGAAGCUCAACGCGCUCCUUUCAAGACUUUCACGGCGCCCACACCUAUACAAGCAGUGACAUGGCCCGCGCUGUUGUCAGGGAGGGACAUGGUUGGAGUUGCCGAAACUGGUUCUGGCAAGACGUUGGCUUUCGGUGUGCCCUGCGUGCGCUUUAUCACCUCGCUGCCAAAGAAGCAGCAGAAGGGCGUCAAGGCUGUCAUCGUUUCGCCUACCCGAGAGCUGGCUGUACAGAUCCAUGACCAGCUUGUUUCGCUAGCUACCCCAGCUGGUCUUCAAGUGGUUUGCGUUUAUGGUGGUGUACCAAAGGACCCUCAGGUCAGAGCAAUAAAGACUGCAUCAAUUGUUGUUGCUACGCCCGGUCGCUUGAACGACUUGAUUGGGGACGGUUCAGCCGAUCUAAGCAGCGCACAAUAUGUCGUACUCGAUGAGGCUGAUCGAAUGCUUGACAAGGGGUUUGAGGAGGCUAUCAGGCAGAUCAUCAGCCAAACGCCGACGAAGAGACAAACGCUCAUGUUUACAGCGACUUGGCCGCCCUCUGUCCGUGAGCUUGCGUCUACCUUCAUGCAGUCGCCUGUAAAGAUCACGAUCGGCGACAACGUCUCCGGCGAGCUUCGCGCGAACACGCGUAUCAAGCAACUGGUCGAGGUUGUUGACCCUCGCGGCAAGGAACAGCGUCUUCUCCAAUUAUUGAAACAGUAUCAGUCGGGGAAGAACAAGGAAGACCGCAUUCUCGUCUUUUGUCUAUACAAGAAGGAAGCCGUGCGCAUAGAGAACUUCAUUCGCAUGAAAGGCUUCCGUGUAGGGGGUAUUCACGGCGAUCUCAGCCAGGAUAAGCGUAGUGCUUCGCUGCAAGCAUUCAAAGAGGGCCAUGUUCCUCUUUUGGUUGCUACCGAUGUUGCCGCCCGUGGUCUGGACAUCCCGGCCGUCAAAGUGGUAAUCAAUGUGACCUUCCCCCUGACAGCCGAGGACUACGUGCAUCGCAUUGGCAGAACCGGUCGUGCCGGGAAAGAAGGCCUUGCGAUCACAUUGUUUACAGAGCACGAUAAGGCUCUGUCUGGAGCGUUGAUCAACGUUUUGAAGGCUGCCAACCAGGCCGUGCCCGAAGACCUCCUCAAGUUCGGUACGACCGUUAAGAAGAAGGAGCACGGAGCAUACGGAGCUUUCUACAAGGAUGUAGACAUGACGAAGAAAGCAACGAAGAUAUCGUUCGAUUAA